CAACAUAUUUGAAAAAAAAACAAGUGUAAGGCUAUGCCUAAUCUAUGAACCAAACUGAUCCAAAACUGCCAAAUGCAGGAGGCCAAAUAGAUGCCAUACCUUUUAAUGUUUGGGAUUGCUCUAAAGUCUCUUCUUUUAAAUCAACAACAGAAACCACUAGCAUGAAACCUGUCUAAUCUUUGCUGACAUUUUUUCUUCCCCCUUCAUCAAUAAUUCAUCUCUCUCUCUCUCUCUCUCUCUCUCUCUCUCUCUCUCUCUCUCUCUCUCUCUCUCUCUCUCUCUCUCUCUCUCUCUCUCUCUCUCUCUCUCUCUCUCUCUCAUGCUGUGCAAUCCUCAUUAGUAUAUAAAUGGCUGGUAUUCCACCAUAUUAGCCUUCAUGAAGAAAGUGUACUCUUCUUUUUCCAACAAUACCAGACGAUGAGAAGUUUAGGCAUCAUUUGCUUCUGCGUUUUGACAGCACUUGUAUAUCUCUCCUCCCUCAACAGCUCUUAUUCGCCAUCUUCUAUGGUUUCUCUUUCUCCCCCAAUAACAACACCUUUUAUUACUAGAAAAAUGGGGGUGCCAUCAUCCAUCAUGCAAAGUAAGAUCGAGGUUACAGAAGACAGGAAAAAACCCACAGCCGAAGGAAACCCUGUGACAGUUAAAUAUGAUAGCAGUGACAACUUAGAUGAAUUAGUGUAUCAUACUGAUUAUCAUGGAGCCACCACUCAUCCAAUUCCAACGCCUAAACAUCCCAUGCCAUAGUAUAUAAGUUGGAUAUCAGAGUGAGAAAGAGAGACUUCUCUUUACCCUUUUUAAGUAAUAUAAUAAAGAGAUACUAUAUAUUAUUAUUAAAAGAUCAUAUUUGUAGCAAUUGAUGGAAUUUAGUAAUAUAUCUCUUAUAAAGGCAUAAAUUGUCUUAAUUGUC